GGUUUACCACGUUGGGUUUGUCCGCAGCGCUAAUUACUUUUUCCGAAGGCUGGAGGGUUUCACUCCGGCUGGCGCCGCCGCCUCGCGCGCUCGUGCUCUUCCGCGACUGUCUGGGGGGCUGCUCCUCCCAAGUACCAUGUGUGACGGCGCCCUGCUGCCUCCUCUCGUCCUGCCCUUGCUGCUGCUGCUGCUGGUUUGGGGACCGGACCCGGGCACAGCUGUCGGUGACGCGGCGGCCGACGUGGAGGUGGUGCUCCCGCGGCGGGUGCUCCCGGACGACGUGCACCUGCCGCCACUGCCCGGGGCGCCCAGGUCCCGAAGGCGCCGGCGUCCCCGCGUGACCCCCGCAGCCUCGCGCGCCAGGCCCGGCGAGCGCGCCCUGCUGCUGCACCUGCCGGCCUUCGGGCGCGACCUGUACCUGCAGCUGCGCCCCGACCUGCGCUUCCUGUCCCGCGGCUUCGAGGUGGAGGAGGCAGACGCGGCCGGGCGCCGCGGACGCCCCGCGGAGCUGUGCUUCUACUCCGGCCGCGUGCUGGGCCACCCCGGCUCCCUCGUCUCACUCAGUGCCUGCGGCGCCGGCGGCGGCCUGGUUGGCCUCAUCCAGCUUGGGCAGGAGCAGGUGCUAAUCCAGCCCCUCAACAAUUCCCAGGGCCUGCCCAGUGAACGAGAGCAUCUUAUCAGGCGCAAAUGGUCCUCGACACCCAACCCUUCCACCGAGGCCCGGAUACCUGGGCAGCUCUGCAAGGUUCUAACAGAAAAGAAGAAGCCCAAGAGGGGCAGGCUGUCCCGGGACUGGCGAGAGCGGAGGAACGCCAUCCGGCUCACGAACGAGCACGCGGUGGAGACCCUGGUGGUGGCCGAUGCCGACAUGGUGCAGUACCACGGGGCGGAGGCUGCCCACAGGUUCAUCCUCACUGUCAUGAACAUGGUGUACAAUAUGUUUCAGCACCACAGCCUCGGAAUUAAAGUUAAUGUUCAAGUUACCAAGCUCGUCUUGCUACGACAACGUCCUGCCAAGUUGUCCAUUGGCCACCAUGGUGAGCGGUCCCUGGAGAGCUUCUGUCACUGGCAGAACGAGGAGUACGGAGGAGCCCGGUACCUCGGCAACAACCAAGUCCCAGGAGGGAAGGACGAUACACCCCCUGUGGAUGCCGCCGUGUUCGUGACCAGGACAGAUUUCUGUGUACACAAGGAUGAACCAUGCGACACCGUUGGAAUUGCUUACUUAGGAGGUGUGUGCAGUGCUAAGAGGAAAUGUGUGCUUGCCGAAGACAAUGGUCUCAAUUUGGCCUUUACCAUCGCUCAUGAGCUGGGCCACAACCUGGGGAUGAACCACGAUGGCGAGCACUCAUCCUGCGCCGGCAGGUCCCACAUCAUGUCGGGAGAGUGGGUGAAAGGCCGGAACCCCAGUGACCUCUCCUGGUCCUCCUGCAGUCGAGAUGACCUUGAAAACUUCCUCAAGUCAAAAGUCAGCACCUGCUUGCUGGUUACAGACCCCAGGAGCCAGCAUGCCGUGCGCCUCCCUCACAAGCUGCCGGGUAUGCACUACAGUGCCAACGAGCAGUGCCAGAUCCUGUUUGGUACCAAUGCCACCUUUUGCAGAAACAUGGAGCAGCAUCUGAUGUGCGCUGGACUGUGGUGCCUGGUGGAAGGAGAUACGUCCUGCAAGACCAAGUUGGACCCUCCCCUGGACGGCACCGAGUGUGGGGCAGACAAGUGGUGCCGCGCAGGGGACUGUGUGAGCAAGACGCCCAUCCCGGAGCAUGUGGACGGAGACUGGAGUCCGUGGAGCACCUGGAGCAUGUGCAGCCGGACGUGUGGGACGGGAGCCCGCUUCCGGCAGAGGAAAUGUGACAACCCCCCCCCUGGACCUGGAGGCACGCACUGCCCAGGUGCCAGCGUGGAGCAUGCGGUCUGCGAGAACCUGCCCUGCCCCAAGGGCCUGCCCAGCUUCCGAGACCAGCAAUGCCAGACGCACGACCGACUGAGCAACAAGAAAAAGGGCCUGCUCACAGCAGUGGUGGUUGACGAUAAACCGUGCGAACUCUACUGCUCACCCCUUGGGAAGGAGUCCCCGCUGCUGGUGGCUGACAGAGUCCUGGAUGGCACACCCUGUGGGCCCUACGAGAUCGACCUCUGUGUACACGGCAGGUGCCAGAAAAUCGGCUGUGAUGGCAUCAUCGGGUCUGCGGCCAAGGAGGACCGGUGUGGGGUCUGCAGUGGGGACGGCAAGACCUGCCGCGUGGUGAAGGGUGACUUCAGUCACUCCCGGGGGACAGCCAAGAAUAAUCUCUGUACCAAGGUAUCCACAUGUGUGAUGGCGAAGGCUGUCCCCAAGUGUUUCUCAUGUUACAUUGAAGCUGCUGUCAUUCCAGCUGGGGCCCGGAGGAUUCGAGUGGUGGAGGAUAAACCUGCCCACAGUUUUCUGGCUCUCAGGGACUCCAGUAAGCGAUCCAUCAACAGUGACUGGAAGAUAGAGCUCCCCGGAGAGUUCCAGAUUGCAGGCACAACCAUCCGCUACGUUAGAAGGGGCCUGUGGGAGAAGAUUUCCGCCAAGGGACCAACCAAAAUACCACUACACUUGAUGGUGUUGUUAUUUCAUGACCAAAAUUAUGGAAUUCAUUAUGAAUACACCGUUCCUGUAAACUACACUGCUGAAAAUCAAAGUGAGCCCGAAAAGCCCCAGGACUCUCUGUUCAUCUGGACCCACAGCGGCUGGGAAGGGUGCAGCGUGCAGUGUGGUGGAGGGGAACGCAGAACCAUCGUGUCCUGCACGCGGAUUGUUAACAAGACCACAACUCUGGUGAAUGACAGUGACUGCCCUCAAGCAAGCCGUCCGGAGCCCCAGGUCCGAAGGUGCAAUUCACACCCAUGCCAGUCCCGGUGGGUGGCUGGCCCCUGGAGCCCCUGCUCAGCCACCUGUGAGAAAGGCUUCCAGCAUCGGGAGGUGACCUGCAUGUUCCAGCUGCAGAAUGGCACACACAUCGCCACCCGGCCCCUCUACUGCCCGGGCCCCCGGCCAGCGCCCAUCCAGAGCUGUGAAGGCCAGGACUGCCUGUCCAUCUGGGAGGCCUCUGAGUGGUCACAGUGUUCUGCCAACUGUGGUCAAGGGACACAGAAACGGACGGUGACGUGCACUAACUCACAAGGAAAAUGCGAUGCGUCCACCAGGCCGAAAGCCGAGGAGGCUUGUGAGGACUACUCGGGCUGCUACGAGUGGAAAACGGGGGACUGGUCCAAGUGCUCCUCGACCUGCGGGAAGGGCCUGCAGUCCCGAGUGGUACAGUGCAUGCACAAGGUCACGGGGCGCCAUGGCAGCGAGUGUCCCGCCCUCUUGAAGCCAGUGGCAUACAGACAGUGCCACCAGGAGGUCUGCAACGACAAGAUCAAUGUGAACACCAUCACCUCCCCUCGUCUCGCUGCUCUGACCUACAAAUGCACACGGGACCAGUGGACGGUGUACUGCCGGGUCAUCCGGGAAAAGAACCUCUGCCAGGACAUGCGGUGGUACCAGCGGUGCUGCCAGACGUGCAGGGACUUCUAUGCGAGCAAGCUGCGCCCGCCACGGCCGCCACCCCCGAGCUCAUGACACGCGGCCCAGCGGUCCCGCCACACUCCGACGCGAGGUCUGAGUCCUGAUGACACGGCUAGUUGACAGCCCAGCAGUCCUGUGGCCAGGACCCCCCAGAGCACACCGCCACUCACCCACAAGCCUGUCCCAAGAGUCCAAUUGCAUAGAACUUGAAAGUGGACUUGGCAUAUGCCAUUAGUGCUUUUGUACUUAAUAUAUUGUUAACAGCCACUGGAUGGCUUUCUGCAGUAAGAAAAAACUAGGCACGAGUCACAAAAGAAUUGUAAUAUCUAAUGUCCCGUGUACCUCAAAGGGAACGCCUCUGACAGACAGUUGUCAAAAGAAAGAGACGUCAUUGAAUGCUUCUGUCUUGGCUUCCUUUUGACACUUGAAUUCCUGGUGCUCAACGUGCCCCAGGGGUACUAUCCCAAAAAUGAGACACUUUUUGUUAAAACAGGCUUUAUUCUGAAAGCUGGCGACAGCCCGGAUGGAAGGACAGGUGUCAGCAAGCCUCUGCUAAUGGCUUUUCCGGAGAGGGCUGGCCUGCCAGAGCCCUCCUUGGCCACCCAGGAAUCAGUGCUUGCCUCCCUGCCCAUCUCCGAGAACAUGCUCGCUAGAGAUCUUGAGCUUUGCGUUGGAAGUCUUGUCCCCGACAGUUUCCAUCUGUGGCAGCCAAAAAGGACCCCAGGGCCAUAUAGUUCUGCAUACCACCCAUGUGAGGGGAAACAUUCCAGAAGCAUGUGGGCUUGGGAGACAUCUAACUUUCAGAUUUCUGUCGUCCACCACAUAGGGAAACAGAGAACCUUUCUUCAAGGUGGUAUGAAACGGGACGCAUGUUCGUUUAGUGGAUGGGACUCCUACCUGGCAUAAAGGUGAGCUCGGGUGUGCAGGAGUCUCCUCUACAGCUGUAGUCAGUACUUCACAAAGCUUUGCAUCUUGUGCAUGGCCUCCCAUUGGCCUUGGCCAUCAAUCUGAAGUCACCUCCUGUUAGAACCUCUGAGGACUCACACUCAGGCCGGGCCACUUGCCCUGGCAUGAGGCAGGUUUCUGCAGAGGCCGCUCGGCCUGGUGUGCUGGGGUCAGUAGGAGUGUGUCACCUGACCGGGAUCCCUGCAUGCCCACCAAGCCUUCCUGCAGCCCAGACCUUGCGAUACCCAUUAUCACCCACUGUCAUUAUUGGCCAUCCUAGUUGGGCAAGGAUGACUCAGAAAAGCGUGAAGAAAGCCAUUCCCUCCUACAGUCCUCUCAGCCCUCAAAACAGAGCUAUGCCCUCUGGGAGCCUGGGGAGAUGACAGGAGUGGCGUCUCUCAGAGUGCAAAUGGCAGGACCUGGCCCCGCAGGAGCUGAGAGGAGGAGAAGAUCAUAGAUGCCAGGAGGCCUGCUUGCUCACUCGCUUGGUGGGUGUUUGAUGGGUGCUUAUGUUCCAGGACUGAACCAUGAGAAACCACCUCCUCCACCCGUGUUCCAGACAGGGGAAUCUCACUUAGGUCAACCUCCCUGGAGUCAUCUCCAAGGGUGGCUUGGUUUAUUGGUGCUGUGUUUAUGUAUUUGUUUUUGUUUGGGGGGGUGUUUGUUUUUCUGAUGUCACAACUUUAGGGUUAGCUUAAAUCAGAAAGAAAAAAACAAAAACAAAACCCGCUGCCUUCUCAGCCCUGUCUUACAGGCCGUGGUCCAGCUUUUGAGUUUAAAUACCCCAGAGACGGAGGGGUGCAAGGAAGGCAGGGAAGGGAUGCAGUUCCACCUGAAUCCAUGAGAAGUGUCGGGAAACCUCCUUGGGUGCUCUGCACAUGCCAGGAUGGAGCAGUCCACCCCGCAGCCUGACCUGCCAGCAGGUGCACCAGCACCUGUGCAAAACGCUGUCCUCCCCAACUCAGACUCGCCAACCCCCUGCUUCCAUAAAACCCUCAAAUUCCUGGGGAACCAGGGUUCAGUUUUCUGCCAGCCCCCAGUGGGCUGUGCUUCACCACAGAAUGACCAGAGGCCCCUAGAAGCCUCUGGGGCUAAGCUGCAGAGCCAGUGUGGCCAGCAAAGCAUGGCUUUGCUUGCUUUUUUGCACCUGAGCUGUGUGUGUGUGUGUGGCCACAGGUGAGGCCACUUCCUCUCGUGCUGCCGAAUUUUCCCCAUGGCAAAUGGAUGCCCAUGGCAAGGGCCUCACACCCUCCAAAUGGAAAUGACUGAUUUAGUUAUUGUUAAACAACACCCCACUGGUCUCCCAAAUCCGUGUCUUUCUGAGCUCUUUGAGCUCAGGCUGGCGCUGUUGUUCUCAAGUUCACCAGCCUGCCUUCUGUUUGCGAUACAAGCAGUGAUGGGUUUUGUUGAGGCCACACUUGCUCCACUUUGUACAGAAGACAUUGAAACCCUGUGAUGACAGCAGUGAUGUUUGUUUCUUGUUAACAAUACCCUGUACUGUCACUCAAGUACUGUACCUUUUUGGUUGCACAGAUGUGUCACUAACAGAGUCUUAGGAUCUUAUGGUGCUAUUUUCAUUGGUGCAAAUGAAACCCUCUCACUUGACCAUGGCUUGAUAUUAUCACAACACAGGGAAAGAUCAUCAAUGGCAAUAAUAUCAUUGCUUUGUUCUCUUUUCUUCAUUUCAGAGUCAAAUGUAUAUAUUUUCCAGUAGCUAACUUACGUUACGUACUGUACCCAUGGUAAUUGUUUUUGUUUUACUUUUUGGUGCUGGUUUCAAGAGGAAAAAAAAACAAACAGAAGCCAAACAUGGGAUACCACUGUAAAUGAAAAAUUAAUCAUGUCAUUGGAAGCGAGCUGAAUAUUGUUUAAUAAAAUGUGUUUCCAUAACAA